AAUUGGUUGUGCGAAAUCACCUCCUGUUCAAUUGCUCUUUCAACAAUUGACCAUUCAAAUUUGACCUCGAAUUGUCUCUUGAACACGAGGAUAUAGAACAUGAUAUUCGGCAACAAGGUUGCGACUGCGUCAUUUGACCAGCUGGCACCAGGUGGAAUUAGGAUUAUAUAUAAUCAGCCACAACAUACGAUUCUAAGCGACCACAAAAACAUUCCCCAAGAAGAUAUAAAAUUUCUUUGCAAUUCAUCUCAGAGUUUUUUCCCACAACACACAGUUCUGAGUGAACGCAAAUUUGGCAAAGAUUACGGAAAGAUAUUCAAAUGUUCUUCUUGUGACCGAACUUUCACCUCCAGAUCAGGUUUAUGGUACCAUGUACAACUUGUUCACGAAGUACAAAAUUAUCCAUGUGAUCAGUGUUCAAGAACCUUCAGAUUGAAACAAUAUCUUAUUGCACAUAUUCAACAAGUUCAUGAAAAAAGAUUAGCUAAAUGUGAAGUAUGUGGCACAACGUUUGCCUCAUUGGGUAAUCUAAAGAAACAUGAAAAAAGUAUCCAUGGAGGAAGAUUAUUCGACUGUCCUUCUUGUGAUCGUUCCUUCACCUCAAGAUCCGGUUUGUGGUAUCACAUUCAUCUUGUCCAUGAUGUUCAGUCAUUUCAGUGCGAUGUAUGCUCCAGGACAUUUGCAUUGCGAGUUUAUCUUCACGCUCAUGUACAACAGGUUCAUGGGAAGAGAAUGGUCAAAUGUGAACAAUGUGGCGAUUUCUUCUUGUCUGGAAGCAUUUUCAGAAGACAUCAAGAAACUCGACACAAAGGUAUGAAAAUCUCACCACAACAGUAUGAUUCCCCGGUUCCACGAAAAACUAAUAAAUUGAGACCUCCUUUAGGUCGGCUGAUAUUCAAAUGUGCUAGCUGCAACAAAUCUUUUGCUUCCAGAUCUGAUGUAGCGAUACAUUACAAACAUGUACACGCUGCUAAAUUAAUUAAGUGCGCUGAGUGUGAUAGAACGUUUACGUCGAAAUUGACUUUGCAAAGUCACGUACGCGUCGCCCAUCCUGAUGAUGAUGAGGAAGAAGAGAUCGCGGAGGAAGUUGAUGAAGAAGACGAGGAAGAAAAUGACGAGGAGGAUAAAAUUGAAAUCCCAUUAUCUCCUACAAAACCUCCCAUCAAAACUGUCAACAUUCUCCUUUUCCGUACAAACAAAAAGCUUCGUAUUCAAAACCCAACUAUUUCAUAAGUGCAGUUUUGUAAACUAUCCCCUAACACUAACAAAUUUUUACUCUACUGUAGAUUACCGGGUGUCAGAUUUUAUCACUUUUAUUUAUAUGAUUAUUAUUUUCAUAAGUGUGUACCUUCGUUAUUACCGUUCCACUUCAUAUUAUUAUUAUUAUUCAAUAAAUCAUUAUUGUACAUACA